AUGCGCUGCGAUGUGUCUCCUUCACUGCCCUGCCGGCCGCAGAGGGAAUCAUCUGCCGUUCUUCUCGCCCAUGUCACUGUCUUCUUGAAACACUUGUACCCCAUUAUGCCUGUAUUCGAUUCCAGUCAGGUUGUGAAGGACUGUGAGCAGGUGGAGACAUUGUCACGAUCGCGAUACGCCUUCUUGCUAGCGCUCUGCGCUGCGACGCAUCUACAGCUGAAUCUCGACGUUAAGCAAGAUCAUGGCGUGCUCCAGUACAGUGAACAUGGCAGGGUUCUUGUCGCCGAAGCCUUGCGCGCGCUGCAGGAAUUUGAUCCGAUCGAAAAUCUCCAGAUAGACAGCGUCCUCUCGUCCUUCUUCCUGUUUUCCGCGUACGGAAACAUGGACCAACAGGAUCAUGCUUGGUUCUACUUGAGCCAAAGCAUUUCAUACGCGUAUGCACUCAAUCUACAUCGAGAGCAAACCUAUGCCUCGCUGCCCUCUGCUGAGGCCGAGCUGAGGCGACGGGUCUUCUGGCUGCUUUUCAUCACAGAACGAGCAUAUGCCUUGCAGCGCGGAAAACCUGUCAUGCUACGUGGUAGCAUCCGUAAACCAGCUAUAUUCACGUCAGCCGCGCCAGCGCUUCUCUAUGGAUUUGUGAACCUGAUAAAUGUAUUUGAGAAGGUGACACCAGAGUUUUACCACUGGAAUUCUUGCAACGGAGGUGGCUCCAUGGACAUCUACGCCCUUUCCGACAUCUACCAAUCUCUCGCUAUUCCCUUGCCACCCCUGGCCGAGAUCCCCGAAACACAGCAAGUAGACCUCGUCGUUACUCAACAGUGGCUCCAAAUCCGCUUAUGGCAGACUAUCACCGAUCAUCCUUCCAAUUGUGAGGAGGUUCUGCCCCUGCAGGCUCCUGCAGCUGCAGGAAGAGCCGUGAUGAGCUUCCUGGCUUCAGUAUCCCACGAAUCAUCGGACGCUCAUGGCAUUGGCAUCGAACAGAAGCUGUACGAUCUCGGAAGUUCUUUAGUGCAUUUCACCCAACGCUCUUUGCCGCGCACCACCGCACAGUUAAGUUAUGUGACAGCAAAUGUAGCGGAAUUGCUAUUCACUAUCCUCACGUCUCUAGGGAGGAUCCGCGGGGCGCAAUCAUAUCUGUUCUCGUCGCUUUUGGAAAAGUCCGAGAGCAUCUUGGGGUUAGAUGCCAUUCCGCAAGAAAUGACUCUCGACAUGCCCUUAGCCCUGGAUUGCCACAGCAGAUUUGGGGAGUGGAAAACCAUGCUGGACAACCAUCCUGUGGCAGAUAAGCACGAGGAGACCGUAUACCAUAUCGAAAACCCGGCCUCUGGUCGUUCCUUCGGUAUUCCAUGA